AUUUAGAAUCUGCUGUAGGCAUAGCUCAAACUUAGCUAUAUGUUAUAAGUUCUGUCUCUUGUCUUAAUGGGUCUUAAUAAAGUAACUGUUUCUGAUAUGGGCAAGGAAAUCAGAGGAAGAAAUCACCAGUAACAAACACCUGCUACUGCAAUCCAGAGCAGUUUUCUUGGAUCUCACCUGGUCAGCAGAAAACUCUAGUUUGAUGCAAACCCACCUGUGUAAAGUAGAAAAUUGUUUUUUCCUUUGCUGUUAAUGGAUAAUAUCUUAGUGACAAUUUUUUGAUAGCUUUACUGAGGGAAAAUUGACAUGCAGUAAGCCCCACAUAUAUAUACAUACAUAUAUGUACAUAUAUGCUCACACACACAUGUUAGCCGGGCAUGGUGAUGUGUGCCUGUGGUCUCAGCUGCUUGGGAGGCCGAGGCAAGAGGAUUGCUUGAGCCUAGGUAUUUGAGGUUGCAGUGAGCUAUGAUCACACCACUGUAUUCCAACCUGUGUGACAGAGCAAGACCUUAAAAAAUGGAAGCGUAUGCCUUGAUACAUUUUGACGAUGAAAUCAUCAGUAGCAAGAUCAUCUUUCCUUCCCAUUUUUCCCCAACCAUAGGAUCUACUUUCUGCCACUAUAGAUUAGUUUGUAUUUUCAGAGUUUAUAUAAAUGGAAUAAUAUAGAAUGUACUUUUUUUUUGCAUCUGGCUUUCAUGUAACAUUAUUUCAACAUUCAUUCAUGUUCCACAUACCAAUAAUUCUUUCCUUUUUAUUCUUGGAUAAUGUUCCAUCGCAUAGAUGUACCACAGUUUAUUCAUUCACAGUCUGUUGGUGGGUGUUUGUUAUUUUUUGUUUUUGGCUUUCAUGAAUAAUCUGCUAAGAACAUUCCUUAUGCCAGUGAUAAUACACAUUUAACUUUUCCCCCAAUCUUUCCUUUUCUGCAAAGUGAGUUUAAUGGGAUUAACUUUCUUUUCCUCCUUCUGCAUUGUAUCAAUAUUAGUUAAAUAAAGAGGAAGAGGCACAGACUAUUUUGGGGUGUACCAGAGUUCCUCUUGGUUAAUUUUUGGAUACCAAAUUUGAAGAAUCUUUGGGUAUCUGUUUAUAAAAGCAAAUAUAAGGCCAGGCAUGAUGACUUACAACUGUAAUCCUAGCACUGUAGGAGACUGAGGCAUGAGGACUGCUUGAAGCCAGCCUGACCAAGAGUGAUACUGCCUCUUUACAAAAAAUACAAAAAUUAGCGGGAUGUGAUAGUACAGACUAUAGUCUCAGCUACUUGGGAGAGUUGAGACAAGGGGAUUGCUUGAGCCCAGGAGUUUGAGGUUGCAGUGAGCUGUGAUGAUCCCUGUAUUCUAGCCUGGGCAACAGAAUGAAACCCUGUCUAAAAGAAAAAGCAAAUAUGGUAUAGAUAUCAAUAUUCAAGAUUUAUAAAGCAGCCCUAGGAAAGAGCAUCAUUACCUGUGUUGUGUUCUAUGCCAGCAACUCAGCAAACUUCCUGGGAACCUCGUAAACUAUUUGGGAAGAAUCUUAACAAAUCCCCAAGAGGGUCAGAAAACCCAAGAGUGACGAAAUUGGUCGUUUCUGCUUUAACCUUGAAAGUAUUUGGCUCUGAAGACAUUCUUCUCCCCCUACCCUACCUUGUGUUAAAGUAUAGCAAUAGAUUGACGUUUUAAAAUUUUCUGGACUUGUUCUUUAUCAUUUAUGACCCUUUUCAUAGCAAUUGAAAGUAAGGGGGCCAUCCCUUUUGCCCUUCGUUUUCCUACCUCGAACCUCUGGGAAUUCUAUGCAGAUACUUGUUGGGCUUUUUCUCAUCUCUUCUUUCAGACUGUGUACUAGCUGGAGGAUGGCUUUUAGCACCAGAGUGAGCACCGGGCCUUAAGAGGCCUCUCUAUAGAUGUUAGGAUCCAGCAGCCACCUUCCAGGUUCCCAACUUUGCUUCUAUAUUUUCAUUUUCCAGUAAUGACCAGAUAGAGAACUUUACAAGUUGGGCUCAUGCCAUUGUGCCCAGAAUAUAUAUAUAUUUUAUUUUUUGAGACAGAGCCUCAAGCUGUCACCCUGGGUAGAGUGCUGUGGCAUCGCAGCUCACAGCAAUCUCCAACUCCUGGGCUUAAGCCAUUCUCUUGCCUCAGCCUCUGAAGUUGCUGGGAUUACAGGCACCUGCCACAGUGCCUGGCUAUUUUUUGAUUGUAGUUGUCAUUGUUGUUUGGCAGGCCCAGGCUGGAUUCAAACCCACCAGCUCUGGUAUAUGUGGCCGGCCUUAGCCGCUUGAGCUACAGGUGCUGAGCUCAGAAUAUUUAUUUAAUGAAAUACUCUUGUUCAGGCCGGGUGUAGUGGCUCACGCCUGUAAUACCAGCACUUGGGAGGCUGAGGUGGGUGGAUUGCCUGAGCUCAUCGGUUGGGUUUGAGACCAGCCUGAGCCAGAGCAAGACCUUGUCUCUAAAAAUAGCUGAGCAUUGUGGCGGGUGCCUGUAGUCCCAGCUACUUGGGAGGCUGAGACAAGAUCACUUAAGCCCAAGAGUUUGUGGUUGCUGUGACACCAUAGCACUCUACCAAGGGUGACAAAAUGAGACUGAGUCUCAAAAAAGAAAAAAAAGAAAAGAAAUAUUCAUAUUCAUUUGGAGUCCAAAGAGUCAUACUCACUAUUUUAUAAAGAAGAAGCUUAUUAUUUUAUAAAGAAGAAUUUACCAAAUUAUUUACUGGAAUGCCACAGGCCACUAGUGAGAAUUCCAAUUCUGCUGAUGUCAUAACAGUUAGGCAGUUGACCUAAACUAAGGCUCAGAACUGGUGUUCAAGGGUAGUGCUAGCAUCGUCAGGGAAGUUUGGUAAUCUCCACUAGUCCUGGUCCUUGCAAAUCUGAUGAUAGGCUUAUGUGCAGAAUCUAUUGCUUAACAUCCCCCAGGUCUUAAGGGUGCUUUGAUUCUCUGUUCCUGUGUCUGCAUUUUGUAGAGAUAAGAACUUCUGAUUUGAGAGACAGGUGAUUUCACUGGCAGGAUGGCAGUUACCUAAGGCUUUUGGCUUUUAUAUUUUGGGGUGUUAAUUUCUGGGAAAAUGUAUAGUGAGUGCUCAGGAUUGGGGAGAUGAUAAGCAGAGGAGGUGAAGGUAAGCUAUUAGGAAGUUGGACGGUUACUGCAGGCAGUUGUACGGUUACUACCCGCAGUUGUGAGGGCUGUUUCAGAUUUCCCGCUGCAGCACAGCACCCAAACAAGAGGCUUUGCAGCUGUCACAGGCAGCAGCAGCAGGGAUGGAGAAGAGGGGCUAGAACUCCGAGGUACCGCGAGCGAAAUUGAAUCCAUGCAAUUUAACUAAUGAUAGGAUGUAUCCUGAGUGAGAGGCGUCAGGUAGAAAUGGUGGUGCUAUUCAUCAGAGUAGGGAUGCAAGAGGCCAAGCAGGUUUGGGUAGAAUGUUGAGUUCAGUGUUUGUAAUACUGAGUUGACAAAUUUAAGUAACCCCUUUAAGGCUGACAUCUAAUGUGAAAGUGAAACUGGAUCUGAAGCUUGAGAGGGAGGUUAGUCCAGGAAUGUAGGUCUGACAGGUUGCUCUAGGUGUGCCGGGUGGGACUGUGGGUCAGUGUUCUUUAGGGAGAACAUUGGGAGCAAGAAGAGGAAAGUUCAGGAAAAAUACCAAUGUUGAUGGGAAACAUGGAAAAGGAGGAACCUGCAGGGUGGGGACCUCAGGAAAGAGAAUUGCCCCAGGGACUGAGGGAGCGUUUUGAAAUGCAGGUUGGAGUGUCCUUGGUGUUGUGGAGAGGUCUCAGCCAGUGGAGAGCUGACGCUUGUUGGCAAUUAGGAAACCCUGUUAGGCGUCAUGACCCUGGCAUGGGAAAGGCCAGAUGACAGGACUAGAGGUCCUCUGGAAGAAAGAACAAAGAACCAGUUGGUAUUUUCAUGGGAAAACCGAGUGGGCAUUUCGAAAGGUUAUUGGCCCCAUAGUCUCUGCUAGGGUAUAUUAGGUCUGAUACCUGCUGCCUUAUAGUUCUGAGGUUCCCUGUGUAAUGAAUGCUAAAUAUUAUCUUCCUUUAAGAGUCAAACCUUAUUUAAAAAAAAAUGUUUUGGGUUGGCCUUAGGAUUUAGCAUAAUGAUCUUAGUAUUGAGAAAGCUUGCUGAAAACUGAGUAAGAUGUUUUUUACUUUGUAUUUACCAGUGUGAGAUUUUGAACCUCUUAACAAGUGUAGGCCCUGUGGGUGAAGGCACGACCUGCCUGACGUGCUUAGAGUCCCUCCCCACUCGUGAGCUGUGCGUGUGAUACAGCAUCGCCACACACAGCGCAGACCAGAAGGAUCACCUCCAGCCUCUUUGGGAAAUGAGAGUUUAAAUAAAUAAAGGGAGCAAGAGCACUGUGAGAGCCAAGAGGGCUUCUCGGGUCGUCUCCUGCAGUGGCAGCGCUGAAGCUUGUCAACUAAUUGGUCCCAGAAUUCCCGCUCCCAGCACAGGAGAAGUUCCUGUUCCAGGCAUGAGGACCGAAAGCCUUCGGAGGUGUUUAGGACAGACCUGAUCACCGCUAUGAAGCUGCAUGACUCUUACCAGCUGAACCCGGAUGAGUACUAUGUCCUGGCAGACCCCUGGAGACAGGAGUGGGAGAAAGGGGUCCAGGUGCCAGUGAGCCCGGGGACUAUCCCUCAGCCUGUGGCCAGGGUCGUGUCUGAAGAGAAAUCCCUCAUGUUCAUCAGGCCCAAGAAGUACAUCGUCUCGUCAGGCUCUGAGCCUCCGGAGUUGGGCUACGUCGAUAUCCGGACACUGGCCGACAGCGUGUGUCGAUAUGACCUCAACGACAUGGACGCUGCAUGGCUGGAGCUGACCAAUGAGGAAUUUAAGGAGAUGGGAAUGCCUGAACUAGAUGAAUACACCAUGGAAAGGGUCCUGGAGGAAUUUGAGCAGCGAUGCUAUGACAAUAUGAAUCAUGCUAUAGAGACUGAAGAAGGGCUGGGGAUCGAAUAUGAUGAAGAUGUUGUCUGUGAUGUCUGCCAGUCACCUGAUGGUGAGGACGGCAAUGAGAUGGUGUUCUGUGACAAAUGCAACAUCUGUGUGCAUCAGGCCUGUUACGGAAUUCUCAAGGUACCAGAGGGCAGCUGGCUGUGCCGGACAUGUGCCUUGGGGGUUCAGCCAAAAUGUUUGUUGUGCCCGAAGAAGGGUGGAGCCAUGAAGCCCACCCGUAGUGGAACCAAGUGGGUCCAUGUCAGCUGUGCCCUGUGGAUCCCUGAGGUGAGCAUUGGCAGCCCUGAGAAGAUGGAACCCAUCACAAAAGUGUCCCAUAUCCCCAGCAGUCGGUGGGCGCUGGUCUGCAGCCUCUGCAACGAGAAGUUUGGGGCCUCCAUACAGUGCUCUGUGAAGAACUGCCGCACAGCCUUCCACGUGACCUGUGCUUUUGACCGGGGUCUGGAGAUGAAGACCAUCUUGGCGGAGAACGAUGAAGUCAAGUUCAAGUCCUACUGCCCGAAGCACAGCUCACACCGGAAACCAGAGGAGAGCCUUGGCGAGGGGGCCACACAGGAAAACGGGGCUCCUGAAUGUUCCCCCCGGAAUCCAUUGGAGCCCUUUGCCAGCCUUGAGCAGAAUCGGGAGGAGGCCCACCGGGUGAGUGUCCGUAAACAGAAGCUGCAACAGCUGGAGGAUGAGUUCUACACCUUCGUCAACCUGCUGGAUGUUGCCAGGGCCCUGCGGCUGCCUGAGGAAGUAGUGGAUUUCCUGUACCAGUACUGGAAGUUGAAGAGGAAGGUCAACUUCAACAAGCCCUUGAUCACCCCAAAGAAAGAUGAAGAGGACAAUCUAGCCAAGCGGGAGCAGGAUGUCUUGUUUAGGAGGCUGCAGCUGUUCACGCACCUGCGGCAGGACCUGGAGAGGGUUCGGAACCUCACUUACAUGGUGACCCGCAGGGAAAAGAUUAAGCGAUCUGUGUGCAAAGUCCAGGAACAGAUAUUCAAUCUUUACACUAAACUCUUGGAGCAAGAAAGAGUUUCAGGUGUGCCUUCUUCUUCCUGUUCUUCCUCCUCACUGGAAAACAUGCUUUUGUUUAACAGUCCUUCUGUGGGCCCUGAUGCUCCCAAGAUAGAGGACUUGAAGUGGCAUUCUGCAUUCUUCAGGAAACAAAUGGGUACUUCUUUGGUUCAUUCACUGAAAAAGCCCCAUAAGCGAGAUCCAUUGCAGAAUAGCUGUGGAAGUGACGGCAAAACCCUGCUAAAGCAGCCAGACCUAUGUGGUAGAAGGGAGGGGAUGGUGGUUCCCGAGAGCUUUCUGAGUUUGGAAAAGACCUUUGCAGAAGCACGUCUCAUAUCAGCACAACAGAAAAAUGGUGUGGUGAUGUCAGACCAUGGGAAAAGAAGAGACAAUCGUUUUCAUUGUGAUCUCAUUAAAGGAGACUUAAAGGACAAACCUUUGAAACAGAGUCACAAGCCUCUCAGGUCCACAGACGUGUCCCAGAGGCAUCUGGACAACACAAAAGCUGCCAUCUCCCCUGGAGUGGGGCAGUCAGCACCUGGCACAAGAAAGGAGGUGGUGCCCAAGUGUAAUGGCUCUCUAAUCAAAGUAAACUAUAAUCAGACUGCAGUCAAAGUGCCUACAACACCUGCCAGCCCAGUGAAAAACUGGGGAGGAUUCCGGAUUCCAAAGAAGGGGGAACGGCAGCAGCAGGGAGAGGUCCACGAAGGGGCCUGUCACCAGCACUCAGACUACGCAUACUUGGGCCUAGGCCGAGUUCCAGCCAAGGAAAGGGCAAAAAGCAAAUUAAAAUCCGACAAUGAGAAUGACGGGUAUGUCCCUGAUGUAGAAAUGAGUGACUCAGAGAGUGAGGCAUCAGAAAAAAAGUGUGUACACACCAGCAGCACCAUCAGCAGGAGGACAGACAUCAUCAGGAGAAGCAUCUUGGCCUCCUGAUGACACAGGCGGCAAGGGCAGCCCUGCGGCUCGUCACUGGUGUGCUACAGGAGAGCCCUGAUGUGGGGGGAUGAGCAGAAACCCUUUACUCCUGAGCUACACAGACACAUUUACUUGGAACUCAGAUUUCCAGAGUCAUUUCUAAAUCAUUGUUGUGAGAAGUUUGUGUUAUUUGCAGCUUGUUGAGGAAACAAGAGUAGAUUGUAACCGUAAGACACUGCUAAGACUAGAACCUGAACUAAACACUAAAAUAAGAAUGAAUUACAUAAGUUUUAAAGGGGGCAAGGCUUAAAUAAGCCUCAUGAAUUUGUAUUGCCUUCUGUAUUCUUCCCAAAGCACAAACUCAUGAUUACCUGAAUAUAUGGAAUCAGAUAUGGUUCUCGAGAAACCCUCAUAUACAAUUUAUAGCCCAUAAAGCUUGUUUUCUAGGUCUAUGGUAGGUAGAUCUUGAAAUCAUAUACUUCUAUUUUGGCCCACAGGGCUGUUUUAUUGCAUUAUAAUAGACAGGCAGCAGCUCUGAAAACUUCAGUAACACUAGGGAAUUCAUGUGUAAACAGCAGUAGGGGAAGAGAGAAUUUUUAAAAAGGUCACUACUGGAAGAGCUGAAGGGACAGGGUAGAGCUGCUGCAGUGUGGAGAUGGAGGGUAAAUGUAGUAAGGUCCUGCUGCUUGCAGCCCAUGAGUGGGUUGUGGAAUAUAGGACUGGGGAAAAGCGAAGCCUUUAGUUCUCAGAAAGGGCAGUUGAGGUACAAAUUUUACCAGUCCUCUUGACCUCUCUCUUCCCUAACCACUGGUCCUUGGGCCAGCUUGAGAUUUCCCUGGCCAUUGCCAAUACCUGGCCAUCGCCAAUACCUGGCCAUCUGGCUUCCAAAAAGUACAAUGGCUAUUCAAGUUCAAGGAAUGAACUUCCAGACUCUGGUGACUUGUACUUCCCAGAGCCAAACACUAGUGCAUAUGUUGGGGAAUCUGGGCUUCCAACAUUAACGGAUUCCUUAAGAAAAAAAAAAAUAAAAAGAGAAAAAAGGAAAAAAAAAAAAAGCAAAAAAGGUUAUAUUUAAAAAAAAUACAAAGGCAAUAAGUUGUGAUAAGUUCUUACUAUUGACCAAGGCUAUACAGGAAAAGGAUUGAAGUGUACCCUUGAAUAGGUUUCUGGAGUCAAGAGUUCUAAACUCUUUAAUAUGUAACUUGGACUUUCUAAUUGCAAAUGGCAAUAACUAGUAAGUUAUCAGCAAUAAAAAAUUUAGCAUUAAAUUUGAGUAUAAUGUUCUGUUUUUGCACUCAGUGUGGUGCAUAUGUACUAAGACAGUGGAUAGUGUUAAGGUCCUGUUAAUUUUCUUUGGAAUUUAAUGUGGUUGUGAAUCAAUCUUAAGAAAAGGAAAGUUUAAAUAACAAUGAGAGUUAGAAUUAUGGGCAUUUGGAACAAGCCCAUCUUCCCCUAAAUUAUUUCUUAGUUUGUUAAUAUCAGUAUUCAAAUUCUUGAUUCAUUUACACAUCUGUUUCCAUGUGGCAGGGACAUUAUGAUACUUAAUAAUGCUUUGAUUUCUGUAGUUAACUUUCAAGUCUUCCAGAUGAUUGUCAACAAAAAAGGCUUAUUGAAUUCCAUCUUGCUAUGCAAGUUUCAUCAGAUGAUCAAAUUGUAGAUCUGAUGCGUCCCCAAUGUAUGUAUGACAUUUUCAAACCAAGUCUUAACUUUUCCAGUACAUUUUAGUAGCCAAUUCAGGGGAGGGGAAAGAAUGACCCAGGUUUUUAGAUUGACUAUUUUUAAGCUAUGGGGCUCAUUUUGAAAGACUGCUGUCCGGAUCAGUUUGUUGCUGCAGAUAAUAGAAGGUUCUUAUGAAUCCAAGUUGUACAUUCACUUGUAGCAUAAUUUAAAAAAUAUUUUUUUUUUUUGCAUAUGAGCAAAAAACCUUUUGCUGGAUAUAGGAGAAGGUUGGACUCUACAGUUAUCUUUUGACUACAGCAACAGCUCUGGGUGAGAGUAGAAUUUAUAGAGGUGUAAUUUGUCAAGCCAUAGAAAGAAAAUCUAAAUUAGUAAGUGUAUGACCUCUCACCAUUUUAAGAGGUAUCAGAUUCAUUUGCACUAUUAGGAAUGCUAGUUUUGUGCAAAAAUAAUGCCUUACCUGUUUUUCCCCACAUUUAGGUUGAAAAGCUUUCAAAUGUUCCAAGUUAUGCUGAACCAAAAAACAAAACAAAAACAAAACACACACACAAAAAUAAAAAACCUAUACAAAAACAAAACACAAAAAAUAAAAAAGCCCACACUUUUUAUUCCUGUUUCAAAAUGCAAAUGGUAUAGAGCACGGUUUUUCUGACAGUAUAAUGAUAGCUUUGUUAGGUUAGUUUCAUGUCAUGCUGGGAACUCUGUAUGAGGUGGCCAUAAGCAGCAACCAGCCCAAUCUACCCACUUGCAUCCUAUUAAUAUGGAACCAUUUUUUUUUUUUUAAGCUUUAUCUUUCCUUGUGCAUUCUGACCAAGAAAUAUCUUUGAUUAUGAUCAAUGUAUUAUGUCAAAAUGUAGACUAGUUAAACUUUUGUAAAGUUGCCUGGAAUGUCAUUUGUUAGGUUAUAAACAAAAUCUAAAUGAAGGGUUUUAUGUGUUGUGUACAGAUCUUAAUUAUUUUGAAAUGGACAAACUUGUCAUUACAUUUGUAACCUUGUACAGAGGAUUUUUCACUAUGUGCCUAGCUUGGUGUCCAUUCAGCUAAAAUUGAAAAAAAAAAAGGUGCAUGAAGAGUUAAAAAUCAGAAAUUAAAGUAUAUGUAGAGAUAACUAUUUUAUAUUACAUGGCCCAAUCCUGUAUUUAUUUCUACCCCUUUUUGAAAGUAUUUAUAAAACUAGUUGAGGACAGCUGUAUUUUUUUGUUGAACUAUUUAGUAGAAUUGUGCCUUUUUGUCUGUAUGUGAAUAAAUGCUGUACAUUUUGCAGUACA